AUGGCGGAGAAUAACCACUCGCAACGCCGGCACCCUGCUUCGCUCUUGCCCAUCUCUGCGCACAACCAGCUGCUUGUGUCUCUCAUGGGAAGGCGUGUCUCUAUGGAUAUGAUUGCCUAUGUGGCCCGCCAAGCAGCCAAAGUCAUCCGUAUCGACGGCGAGCCGGAGCCUCCUACCUCGCCGGACUCGCAGCCCCUACCACCACAAUCCCAGACCCCGCUCAAAGUGAAAUUUGCUGACCAAAUCGCGAAGGAGGAACCGAAUGACCCUGAAGACCCCCCACUGAUCAGUCUGGACAAUUUUAUAUUGCAUCUUGUCAAGUGUUCGAACGUCCAAGUGUCGACUCUACUCACCACGCUGGUCUAUCUCGAGCGGUUGCGGAGCAAGCUACCUACGAUGGCGAAGGGAAUGCCAUGUACAAGGCAUCGCGUGUUCCUCGCCACUCUCAUCGUCACCGCCAAAUACCUCAACGACUCCUCGCCCAAAAAUAUUCACUGGGCGACUUACGCGGUUCUCUUUGACGUGGCCGAGAUCAAUCUCAUGGAGAAGCAACUGCUCUACCUUCUAGACUACGACCUCCGUUUCAACGAGGAAGAAGUGUGCAAGCGUUUCGCGCCGUUCAUGAUACCCACCUCGGAGGCUAGCUUAAGCACGCGGAUCUCUGCGGUUAGCAAAGUGACGAAGGCGAGCAAGGCGCGUGCCGAAGCUGCUCAACAGGCCCAAACAAUUGCGGCCCCUCUGCGGACCCCGAGCGAGGAGAAGGAGUCGCAAUGCCCCGCCCAGACGCACUUGGCACCUCCAGCUACCUCUUCAACAGUCUCUACGUCCUCUUCAUCAGCUGCAUCCGCCUUGACGUCUGCUGUCCGCGGUAUUGCUCGUCGGCUCUCUACGGCGCACUUGCGUUCGUCUGCUACAAGUUCUUCCACGAUGUACUCGACCCUCAGCACGGACUCUUCAUCGUCGACGGCUUCUUCCUCAUCUGACCUUGCCUCCUUGGUGGACGACUCUGGCUCGAGCUCGUCAUCUUCUGGGUGGACAAGCAACGAGUCCGACGUGGAUGAGGACGUAAACGACCGCACUAUUUCUAUCAUCGAAGCCAGCUCAUCGACGUCGAGCCUUGGACGUCCUCUACCUUCGACUACUAAUCUUGCUGGACCUGGGGUCAUGAAGAAACCGUUUUCGUUGCGGCCGAUACCCGCGCAUGGGUUCAAGCCCCAGCCCGGUGCAACUCCGUCGGGCAAGACCGAGGUUACACCGACCAGGGAACGGUCGCGGAAGCCUUCAGACACGUCUUCGGUGCACACAAUCGUCGCCUCGCCGAGUGUCUCUCGGAAGCAGCAUCUGACCGCGAGAGCGUCAGAUGGGAAGCGCUCGACGUCGCUUUCGUCUCAGGCGUCUAUGAGCUCGAUCUCCCUAGGCAAGGAGGCGCGUGUACAGGCUAGUUGCACAAUGCCAUCGAUCGUGCAGUCUUCUGGAUCGAGCACGAUAGGAUCUAGUGUCCGCCUGAGGUCCGGGACUGUUGUUCAUCGGUCUUCGAGCUCCAAGCUCCCUCUAGCUGCCGCCCUAAUCCCUCCGCUUCCAACCACUUCGCAGACUAUAUCUGGCGGAACCACGCCUUCCCGUGGCAUGGGCUCGAUCAUCAGCAGGAUGUGGGGUGCCGCUGCGGCUAAUUUGAAGGCCGGCGUCAGCGGUGGCCAGCAAAGUCAGCCAACAUGCGGAAGUGAGGCGGAGUCGCGACCCUUGGUGGCAAAUCCGGACGGCGUUUCUACCUGA